AUGACACUAUCAUUCACCGAUCAUUGUCAAUGUUUACAGGCGGUUACAAUAUCCCGCCUCACUUGCCACGUGAGCGGAUGUCUGAUAUUUGAGACACACACGGUUCCUAUGUUUCGUUCUAGUCAUCAGCCCAUCACUGUCACCACGUUAAGCAUUGAUGUUUUACGGCUGAUUCUUGGUUAUCUGGAUCCUUAUUCUCUUGCUGAGCUAUCGCAAACAUGCCGGAUGAUGUAUCGCAUGGUACGACAUGAGCUUAAUUUUGAGUCAGCUGUUUGGUAUCAACGCCACCCCCACCGUGCAUAUCCCGCAUUUCAUGGUGAUCGUGAUCGACAAGAUUCCUUGUCCAUUUUCGACAUGUCAGGCCAUGAUGACGAUUAUGAUGAAUAUGAUCACACUCGAUCCACAAGGGGUACGGCAGCAACAGCAGCAACAACAGCAGCAGCAGCGGAUGUUGAUAGGAUCCGUACCGAGCCGAUCUCCAUAGCACCCCCGGUAUAUCAUUUGCGUUGUAUGGCCAUGAUUGGAAACAAGUUGUACAUGCCAUUCAUGGCAAUGGAUCCCGUGUGCUUUAUAUAUGACAUUGAACGUAGCGAAUGGCACAAGGUCCCUUUGCAAGUGUAUCCAGGAUAUACAUCAUUCAUCUCACCUGUGGUGGCAGUGGGUCGACGAUUGUACCUUGUGGGUGGUAGAAAGGUGGCCAUGGGCACAUUGUCGAAUGAAGUGCACGUGAUUGAUAUCGAUACUUGGACUUUGGAACGGCUUUGUUUCAUGCAAGGACCUUUACCACGAGCUCGAUGUGAUCACACAGUGGAUGUAUUGCAAAAUCGAUUCUUGCUUGUAUUUGGCGGGGUGUGUGCCAAUUCACUUGGAGAGAAUGACUUACUUGUAUUUGAUACCAUCACCAACACAUGGAGUGAGCCAAAGACUUCAGGACAAAUCCCCACUGCACGCUUUGGUCAUGCCUCUGCAAUGUUGGAUGGUGAAUUGUAUAUCUUUGGUGGAUGUGAGACACAAGCUGAAGGUCAACUGGUUCAUGACAUUCUUUAUCGUCUUGAUUGCCGCACUUGGACAUGGUUCAAAUAUGAUCAUCCCGAAGCAUACACAUAUCGUCGCUCUCUUAGUCGAAGUGCAGAGAUCGCUUCUCCUGGUCAAGAACAAGAAGACUUGGAUCAAACUAUUUCCGAAUCAUUGCGUCGCGAUCUGAUCGUUGAAACAACAGGCCAUCCUCCACGCGAUCGUCUCAAUUGUGUGCUGCAACCGGUGGGGACUCAUAAGCUGCUAGUAUUUGGAGGGCAAACGAUUCGACAAGAUGGCGAUGACAGGAACUUGUUGCAUGCUCAUUCACUGAGGUCGAUGGACGUGUUUGACUUGCGAAGGAAGCAUUGGUCGGCGUUGACAACCACGGCAUAUGAUAUCGAAGGCAGCAUUUAUCCACAUGACGUAUCAAGCUUUUUGUUGGAUGGUCAACACGAUGGUGGAUACCGGUUACUGGUUAUUGGACAACAAAAGGCUUUCAUUACGACGACAACGGAUUCAUCAGGAGAGAGCACAAGCCCUUCCAUGACAACGACUGAACAGCAUCGUAGUAUCGCUUCCAUUUCACCCAGCAGCAUUCCUUAUCAUCCGCUUCAUCCUCCAACGUCUCAUACUCUUUCUGAGGAUCCACAUUAUCAGCAACAACAACAUCAACAACAACACCUUUCUCAACGUCGCAUCCCUAUACGAGAAAGCAGGGCAACGGAUCUAGAAGUUUAUACAUUGGGAAGAGCCCAUUUACAUGAAACACCAUCACUACCACGUCUAAGUCGAGCUAUGGCAGAUUAUGAAGGGUUCUUGGAACCAAGUGCAACGACAAGCGAGGAUGAUUUUUCGCCUAAUCAAGCGCAAAGACACCAUCAUUAUCAGAGUGGCAGCAGCAAUAGCAAUGAUUCGUUUAUCCAUCCCAACUCCUCCCCAUCCCAUGACAACAUGUUUGCUUCUCUUCCAACGGUCGCUAGUGGAUCUUCCCCUGAUACGCGAGCCGAUGAACAUCACAUUAGCAGGCAGUUUACUUUGGAACCUCUAUGCAUCUUUUUGGCACUUAAUCAAGAAUAA